AUGCCAAUGAUCCUCCAAAAAAAAUGUAUCUUCCAUCUAGUAUACAGAGUACAGCACAACACAACAACUUGGAACACUUCCAAGGGAGCUUCUCCCCCAUCCGGGAAGGGAUCCGAAGGAGUUCCUUGGCGGUGGAUCAAAAUGCUCCAUUUACGCAUCCGUCCGCUCCCCCGUCUCCAACCGGCAUCAUCCAUCCCCACCCAGUCUGCCCCUCCUUCCGACUUCCACAAUGAAGACAACAGCAACGAUGACGACUCCGCUGAGGACCUCUUCUCUGCCUUCCUCCCUCAUCUUUUCCCCGACGACGCGCCCUCCUUCCAUGGAGACCCCGGCCAGCGGCUCCUGUACACCUCCCCGCGCUACGGCGACCUCGAGAUCAUGCUAUUUGCGCAUUUUCUCUGGAGCGCUGCGAUGGUGGUCGCCGAGGGUGUGGAAAAGGCCGACACCCUGGCCACGCGCGGUGAGCUCGACGCUGACACAGCCAUGUGGAUGGUGCGCGGCGAGCGUGUGCUGGAACUCGGCGCUGGCACUGCGUUGCCUUCUAUUAUAUGUGCACGUGCACACGCUGCUGCUGUCACCAUCACUGAUCACCCAUCGUCGCCUGCAUUAACCGGUGCUAUUGACUUUAACAUUCGUCGUAAUCUAGCAGCGACAGAAGCAGAAGUCAUGAGCCAGCCGCAUGAAUGGGGCAUGCUGGAACCAGACCCGUGGGCCGUUGCGCACCGCGGUGCCUUCACCCGCAUCAUCGCGGCUGACUGCUACUGGGUGCGCUCGCAGCAUGAGAACCUGGUGCGCUCGAUGAACUGGUUCCUGGCGCCAGGUGGAAAGAUCUGGGUUGUGGCAGGAUUCCACACAGGGCGCGCGAUUGUAGCAUGGUUCUUUGAGACGGCCAUGCAGAAUGGACUGGAGAUUGAGCGCAUCUACGAGCGGGAUCUUAUUGCCACCAGCGAGGAUGGGGGCGAGGUGCGGCGUGAGUGGAUGCCUGAGCGUGAAGGUGAGGGGCCAGAGAAUCGGCGGAGAUGGUGUGUGGUUGCUCUUUUACAAAGGAGAGAGUAA